GAGAGUAGAGGAAGGGAGAGAGAGAGAGGGAAAGAGAGAGAGAUCCCACACUCUAAAGGAAAGAACGGGGGAGGUGCAGGAGCAUGUGAGUGCAUCGACACAUACAGAAACAGAGAGAGAGAAAUGGAAACAGAGAGAGGGAGAGAAACAGCAAGGGACAAUGCCAGAGAAAACCUCUCGCUGCUCCGUAAACCCUGUUGAUAAAGGUGCGUUGUUACCAAAACGUGAGCCCAUCUGCCUCUUGAAGACCACCUGCACUGGAAGACCACCUGCCACAGACCACCCUGGGGACAACUGAUACCAAAGGACCAGAGAAGAGACUGAGAGAAUAGUGCCUUUUGGUUGUAGCAGCAUUCCAGUAAAGAACCUCAUAAACCAACAGACAUAUCUGUGUUCUCUUUAAGGAAAGACAGAAUGAGAAGAGACUGACAUCCUCUCCUUUUAUCACUCCCAGCUGUGAUGGAUCCCCCCGUGCAUUACUCCGAGCACACAGACUUGAACCUGAGAGAGGUGGAUGUGCGAAGAGAGAGAACAAGAGAGAAAUGAAGAGAUGACUGCUGCAUAUGUUGUUCUGCUCUGAGGGAAUGGCUCUGCUGGUCUGAGUAGAGAUAGAGGUACUGGCCUUUUCCUUUCUACGGUUUGUAGGCUGCUCCUCUACUGUUUCUAGACUGCUGCUGUUGCUACUGCCCACUGCCUUUCCCUGAGCCUCAGAUCCCAGUGUGGGCAGCCACUGUGUGUGUUGUUCACAACACUUCUUCUGCCUUUUCUCCAUCUCGGGCAGUCCAAGUGGAACAUUCAUUACAGAGAGAGAGAGAGAGAGCGCACAGUCUAGCCUUGAAGCUGUGUAGAUACUUGGAAGCUCACUGCCCACUGUGCUGGACUGGAGUUGGACUCACUCAUCAAUACUGCUUUAUACCCAGGGGGAAUCCAACUCUCAAAAAAAAACAUUGGAAAGCAGAAAGCACCUUGUUCUUCAGACUGUUUGUUUUGAGGCGGUUAGAAGCCUUGUAUGUAUGUGUGUGUGAAACAAACAAUCAACCCUGAGGAGUGUAUGUGUGAGAGUAUUGUGUGCGUUUACAGUCUUUUUCUAAUUAAGCUGGCAGACUGCAGUGAGACGGACGAUCAGCGUGGGCGCCUCUUUCUCUCCCUCUUCCCACUUAGGCCCCAUUGUGAUCAUUAAUGUCUGUUGCAAACUGUCCAUGAAUUAUGGAGUAGUGAAGUCUCCAUAGAAGUAGUGACUGUGGGGAACAGAUAGACGGACAGAAGGACGGUCAGAGAAAGCGUGAAAUAGAGAAGAGGGGGAUAUAGAAAACAGAUAGUUGUAAGCUCCAACUGUACAUGUUCUCUCAACUGAGCACAGACUCAGUGGAGGUGUGAGAGAGAGAGGGGGAGUUGUGUGCCCUUCGUUGAACAGAUGAAUGAGAGAGGAGCUUAGAGACAACACGUGAUUCACAGAAAGAGAACUAGGGAAGAAAGGGAGUGAGGACGAGAGAAGCAAGCUCGCAUACACCACUGUCAACCUAGUUACAUCGGCGCUGCACCGACUGCACCGACAGGCAACAAUCCAGGACAGAGGAAUGUAGCGUGGCCUCAUUGAGAAGAACAGAGAACAAGCACUGCUGCUGAGCCUUUCAUUUUCAGGAGGUAUCUUUUGGAAGUCACACUACAGUGUUUAUCAGGGAGGGACACCGUCUAAGCAAUACUACAAAUCAAAAGGGGGACUGUUUAGCGUGUUGCACUAACCAGCAGAAGUCUCAAGACUGCCGAGGCAUGAGGCAAGCAGAGAGGAGAGGUAUUUCUUCCCUCUAUGGGCAGUGACACAUCUAGUUCCCAGAGUAAGGUCUGAAUUAAUCCUGCUGGACCAGAGGAGUGAGGGAAGGAACUAUGAGCUAACUCACCCUCUGUGAUCGACCCCUGAAAAGUGCCUGCUCACCACCCCCAUCCUGGUGCAGAGGACCAUCUCUCGAUCUGUACCCCAACCCCAGAAGAAAGGGUGUUUCUGUACCCCUAAAGAGGGGUGAAACUGUCUGGAUAUAGACUCUACUAUUUGACUCUACAGCAGCAGAAACAUGGAUGACUCCAGUAUUCUGAGACGCAGGGGUCUACAGAAGGAGCUCAGUCUUCCGAGGAGGGGGAGUUUCUGUCGGACCAGCAAUAGGAAGAGCCUGAUUGUGACAUCCAGCACCUCUCCUACACUACCCAGACCACACUCACCACUACAUGGACACCCAGGGAGCAGCCCUCUGGACAGCCCCAGAAACUUCUCCCCCAACACGGCAGCACACUUCUCCUUCGUUCCAGCUCGCAGUCACGGGCACAGGGCUGACAGGACGGAUGGCAGGCGCUGGUCUCUGGCAUCACUGCCCUCCUCUGGAUAUGGCACCAACACACCCAGCUCCACCGUCUCGUCAUCCUGUUCAUCCCAGGAGAAGCUGCACCAGCUGCCCUUCCAGCCCACGGCGGAUGAGCUGCACUUCCUCACCAAGCACUUCAGCUCCGAGAGCAUCACCGACGAGGAGGGACGACACUCGCCCAUGCGCCCCCGCUCACGCAGCCUCAGCCCUGGUCGCUCACCCAUUUCCUUUGACCAUGAGAUCGUCAUGAUGAACCAUGUCUACAAGGAGCGCUUUCCCAAGGCCACGGCUCAGAUGGAGGACCGUCUGGCUGACUUCCUAUCGUCCUCGGCCCCUGACAAGGUGAUGCCCCUGGCCGACGGGGUCCUCAGCUUCAUCCACCACCAGGUCAUAGAGCUGUCCAGAGACUGCCUGGAUAAAAGUCGCGAGGGCUGCAUCACCUCACGCUACUUUUACGAGCUGCAGGAGAACCUGGAGAAACUGCUACAAGACGCUCACGAGCGCUCUGAGAGUGUGGAAGUCACAUUUGUGACCCAGCUGGUGAGGAAGCUGAUGAUCGUCAUCGCUCGGCCGGCACGCCUGCUGGAAUGUCUGGAGUUUGACCCGGAGGAGUUCUACCACCUGUUGGAGGCAGCAGAGGGCCAUGCCAAGGAGGGCCAGGGCAUCAAGUCAGACAUCCCCCGCUACAUCAUCAGCCAGCUGGGUCUCACCAGGGAUCCCCUGGAGGAGAUGGCCCAGCUGAGCAGCUACGACAGUGGGAACCCAGAUACGCCAGAGACAGACGACUCUGUGGAUAGUCGAGGGGCCACGGUACCUGUUGUAGCUCCCCCUAAAACCAAGGCCCCACGGGAGGAGGACUUUGAGAACAUCAAGCUCAUUAGCAACGGGGCUUACGGUGCUGUGUUUCUGGUGCGUCACAAGGAGACCCGUCAGCGUUUUGCCAUGAAGAAGAUCAACAAGCAGAACCUAAUCCUAAGGAACCAGAUCCAGCAGGCCUUCGUAGAGAGAGACAUCCUGACCUUUGCUGAGAACCCCUUCGUGGUCUCCAUGUUCUGCUCCUUCGAGACACGCAGACACCUCUGUAUGGUCAUGGAGUAUGUGGAGGGUGGUGACUGUGCCACCCUGCUGAAGAACAUUGGGGCUCUGCCUGUGGACAUGGCACGCAUGUACUUUGCUGAGACCGUGCUGGCACUGGAGUACCUCCACAACUAUGGCAUCGUACACAGAGACCUCAAACCUGACAAUCUUCUGAUCACUUCGAUGGGCCACAUCAAGCUGACAGACUUUGGCCUGUCUAAGAUCGGUCUGAUGAGCCUCACCACUAACCUGUAUGAAGGACACAUAGAGAAAGAUACCAGGGAGUUCCUGGAUAAACAGGUGUGUGGUACACCAGAGUACAUAGCCCCAGAGGUGAUCCUGAGACAGGGCUAUGGGAAGCCAGUAGACUGGUGGGCCAUGGGGGUCAUCCUCUAUGAGUUCCUGGUGGGCUGUGCCCCUUUCUUUGGAGACACGCCAGAGGAGCUCUUUGGACAGGUCAUCAGUGAUAAGAUCAUAUGGCCAGAGGAGGAGGAGGCUCUUCCUAACGAUGCCCAGGACCUCAUCUGUAAACUCCUCAGACAGAACCCUCUGGAGAGGCUGGGUACAGGCAGUGCUUUCGAGGUGAAGCAACACCGGUUCUUCUAUGACCUGGACUGGAACAGUCUGCUGAGACAGAAGGCAGAGUUCAUCCCUCAGCUGGAGUCAGAGGAAGACACCAGCUACUUUGACACCCGUUCAGACAGGUACCACCACAUGGACUCUGAAGAUGAGGACGACACUAACGAUGACGAUCACGUAGAGAUGCGGCAGUUCUCCUCCUGCUCGCCCCGCUUCAGCAAGGUGUACAGCAGUAUGGAGCGUCUGUCCCUCCAUGAGGAGAAGCGGGCCCCCCCACCCACCAAGCGCAGCCUCAGUGAGGAGGGAGGAGAGCGCAUCGACAGCCUCAGUGGGCUCAAGUCCAGAGACCGCUCCUGGCUGGUGGGGUCACCUGAGAUCCUGCGUAAGCGCCUGUCCGUCUCGGAGUCGUCCCACACUGAGAGUGACUCCAGCCCUCCUCUGGCGGUGCGUAGACGCUGCUGCUCCGCCAUCAUCGAGAUGCCACGCUUCGCCAUCUCCUCGGAGGAGGAAGGAGGGGUGGCCCCCAGUCGUAAGAGCCCCAGCCUGCUCAGCCAGACCCCUGGGGGAGUCAGGGGCCCCCGCAGUGAAGAGCUGCCCCUCUCCAUCCCAGAGCUCCCCAUAGGGAGAGAGCUGAAACUGGUCGAGUCCCCCACCACAGCUGGGUCCAUCACCAGCCAGCUCAGAGCCACACUCACACCGGGUAGUUCAGGAGAUGUGUGGGAGCGUGGUACAGUUUCAGGAGCAGACAGCGCUACCUCUACCCCUAAGGCCAUCAGUGACCUGGCAGUUCGGAGGGCCCGCCACAGACUGUUGUCUGGAGACACGGACAAACACACCCAGUCCAGACCCCUCAACAAGGUCAUCAAGUCUGCCUCCGCAACUACGCUCUCACUCAUGAUCCCUCCAGACCACCACGGAGCCUCCCCAUUGGCCAGCCCCAUGUCACCCCACUCCCUCUCCUCCAAUCCCUCAUCCAGAGACUCCUCCCCCAGUAGAGACCUUUCGCCGGCCGUAGCCAACAUCAAGCCCGCCAUCAUCAUCCACCGAGCGGGAAAGAAGUACGGCUUCACCCUCCGGGCCAUCAGGGUGUACAUGGGAGACACGGAUAUCUACACCGUACAUCACAUAGUCUGGCAUGUGGAGGAGGGUGGUCCUGCCCAUGAUGCAGGGCUGAGAGAAGGAGACCUCAUCACUCAUGUGAACGGGGAGGCUGUCCACGGCCUGGUCCACACUGAGGUGGUGGAGCUCAUCCUCAAGAGCGGUGGUAAGGUGUCCGUCUCAGCCACGCCCUUUGAGAACACCUCCAUCAAGGUAGGCCCCGCACGCAAGACCAGCUCCAAAUCCAAGAUGGCGCGUCGCAACAAAAAGACCAAGACCAAAGAUGGAGGCCAGGAAAGCAGCGGCAAGAAGAGGAACUCUCUGUUCAGGAAGAUCACUAAGCAGGCGUCUCUGCUCCACACCAGCCGUAGUCUAUCCUCUCUCAACCGCUCCCUGUCUUCUGGAGAGAGUGGACCAGGGUCCCCCACACACAACCUGUCCCCCAGGUCACCUACACCUGGCUACCGCUCCACGCCUGACUCUGCACACUCUGUAGGGGGAAACUCGUCUCAGAGCAGCUCUCCCAGCUCCAGUGUUCCUAACUCCCCAGCAAGCUCCGGUCACAUCCGGCCCAGCUCCCUCCAUGGCCUGGCCCCCAAGCUCCAGCGCCAGUACCGUUCCCCUCGACGCAAGUCAGCCGGCAACAUCCCCCUAUCCCCCCUGGCCCGUACCCCCUCCCCCACCCAGCAGAGCACCUCCCCCCAACGUUCUCCCUCCCCCCUGCCCAGCCAUGCUGUGGGCUCCUCCUCUAUGGGCCAGUCCUUCCCCGUGAAACUCCACUCCUCCCCCCCUCUGGUCAGGCAUAUCUCAAGGCCCAAGAACACUGAACCCCCCCGCUCCCCACUCCUCAAACGAGUACAAUCCACCGAGAAGCUAGCCUCCUCCCUCUCCUCCUCCUCUUCUCCCUCUGCGUCGGUGGCCGGAGGUGACAAGAAGCUGCCUGUAGCGGUGACAGGACGUAAACACAGCCUGGACAUCUCCCACCAGGAGUUUAAGAAGGAGAUGCUUCAGAGAGACCCCAGUCUGCAGAGCCUGCAGGAGUCAGCUGGGGAGAGAGAGGGGGUGCUGGGGGUGGGGGGUCGUGGGGGCCCCGUGGAGAAGGGCAGCCUGCAGAAACACUCCUCCUCCAGCAGGAAGCUGGGGCGUCAGGAGGGGGACGUUGGACCGGCAGCCGGGUCCCUGGGGCUGGCCCCCGGGAAGAGCAAGCUGAAGGACAAGCUGUCAGCCAUUAGACAGGACCGGGCUGAGAGGAGGGAGUCACUGCAGAAGCAGGAUGCGAUCCACGAGGUGGACUCUUCAGAGGACGAGACAGACGAGGGGUCGGAGGACAGCCAGGACGGGAGGGGCAGGAACACCUGUACUUUCACCCCCCCGCUGCUCCGCCCCACCUCCGUCAUGGCCACCGCCCCCCGCACGGGACCCGGGGGCACACUCCCCUCCCUGUGUCUGUCCCCCUCCUCCACCCUGCUGCCCAGCAGAGCCACCAUACCCUCCACACUCCCCGAACACAAGCCCACUCAGAGUGCUUCUUCGCUGGGAGGGAAAGACAGCGGCUCAGCCUCCUCAGAUGACUGUGGGAGGAGAGAGGGGAAGGCUCCAGACCCCAGCUCCAAGUUCACCCAGAGCCCCCUGUCCAGCACCUUCGCCACACCCGGCAGUGCUUUCAUCUCCAUCAGUAAGGACACCUUCCUGAAGCCUGCUGCUCCAUCUUCACAUCAGGAAUGGAGGAGCCCCAAGCUACCUGAGCCCAGAGGGAAGAGCAGUAGUCCUGGGUUAUGGAGUGAGGAGAGAGACUCUGGCCUGGAGGCCCCCAGAUCCAGCCCCACUGGAUCCAUAGAUGACAGAUACAUAGCCCACACACCCAUCUCCUCCCCAGGCAUCACCAAGGAGAAAAAGGAGGCAGACAACCGGAGGCAGGCUGCUGCUGCCGCCGCCGCUGCAGCCUACGCCACCCCAGCCUAUGCCAACCCCAGCCCCCCAGCCCAAGUGUCAGGGUCAGAGAGUGGGGUGGACAAGGUUGUGUCCCAGCUAGCCACCGUGGCUAAGAGCUUCCUGGGGCCCGUCAAACUCACCAUCCCUGGGGCCAAGGAGGCCUUUGAGAGGGCCAAAGACCAGAACCAGAGACCCUCCGACCCACCUCAGCCCAAGGCCACACCCGACUCACCCCUUACCACUACCACCACCACACCCCUCUCCCCCUCCCCCUUUAGACACCCUGCCCCUCAGCCACCGCCCCGCCUGUCCUCCCAGUCUCCUCACCGGCAGCCCUCUUACAAAACUGAGCCAGCCCCCCCUCCCCCUCCACAGAGGAGGGCCUCCCCUCCUAAAGACUGUGCCCCGGGGCCCCAGGACCACCCAGAGAGUCCGUUGGUGGGGUUACGAGGCAGUGGUGAGACUCCAGCCAUUACAGCUGUUACUGCACCAAGGCAGGGGCCCACCAACACACCCACCCCCACCCAGACCCCUACCGCAGCCACGGAGCAGCGCAAGAGGCCAGAACCCACGGCCCCACAGAGACCAAACCCUGCCUCCGCAGCCUCCACCCCACAGGGCAAAACCGGCAGCAAGAAGACGUAGCAGAAACCAAGACUCAAGAAACACCCUUGACAAUACAGACUGCUGGCACGAGAUUUUAAUCUUAAUCCACAAACAACUGCAUGUUUGGAAGAAAAUAACACUUUAUUCAAAACUCUUUGCAACACACAAAUCAUUAUGAGAGAGCGCAAGAGCGAGAGAGAGAGAGAGAGAUGUCCGUUGGGGAUAGAUCUUUGCCCCCACUGGGUAUGUCCCAGAGGCAUCCACGCUCGCUGUGCAUCUCUUGUUCUUCUCAUUCCCUGUUUUAUCAUUCGGACACGGAUUAAUGUUCCUGUGAAGUCAGUCUGUGUUUGUUUCUCCCUGCAAAGAAACAUGGGGGCUAGAAAUAAACAGUGUUAGUUCACUGAUCCACAGGGAAGGAUUAACAGACACUCGCGCUAAUGGUUUUUCUAGUAUACUGCCUCGUUAUCUUUCACCUUGUAUUUCCAGUAGUCUGACGUGCGUUCUUAGCUAGCCAAUAGGUCAGGUCGUGCCUUAUAAACAAAAUGGCAUCCCCCACCCCACCACUCCACCCUGCCUGCGUGUGUCUCCAGCCGUCCGUGACUGAAAAGGCUGUAUCUCAGCAAUAAAAGUAGCGUAUGCUUAGCAAUCAGUAUAAAUACAUUACAGUCUGUUAAUGAAACAAUCUGCAUUGCUCACGUUUACACACUCAGCAGUUUACAGAAGGCAAAUUACAUUGUGUAUUAUUAUUAUUACUCCCUCAUGGUCUAACGCUGCACUCUGUCUCUCUAACAGUAUAAUACUGCAGACUGGCUAGAAAACCCAUUAGUCCCUAUAUAACACACUAUUAAAGAAGCGGCUGUCAGUGUCUAUUAAAGCAGUGUUUUGUAUUAUAUAUCAUAGCGUUCCAUGAUAAACUCCUUCCCCAUCCGCUCCAUCGGCCCUUCCAUGACUAUUGCUGGACCUGCCAGUGUACCGAAUAGAGCUCUAUGUGGGUGUGAGCAUGUGUUGUGGUAGCUAGGAUACAUACCCGCCUAGCCAUUCACCUUGCAUGAUAGCCUCACCAAAUCUACACCCCUGACUCAAGGGACAUGUUUUUAAUGAUAAAGGAAUAAUAGGUGGUUCAUAUCACAGCUUUACAUAGGAUGGACUAUAGGUGAGGUGAUGGACUAUAGGAUGGACUAGGUGAUGGACUAGGUGACUAGGUGAGGUGGGGAGGGAGGUUCAGUGAUCCGGUCACAGACUGCCUAGGGACAACUGAUCAAUCUGGUCCUAGUCUGAUUUGAUCGCAUCUUGUUUGGUCAACUACAUAGACAGACGCAGUGUUGAGAUAAGUGUCAAGUGGUUAAGAUGAGGUACUGUAGAUCUAUUAAAGAGAUUUGGGUUUGUGUACCAGGCAGAAACUCAAUUACCCAGACUCCUCUGUAACUGAGGCAGGAAGUCCGCUCGCAGGUCUGUUUACAGGCCAGUCAAAAGUACUACAGUAGGCACACUAGCCAUCUAUAAAUUAUAUUAUGACAACCAGUGGUUUUCCACAUCCAAAUGGACCAUUAUCUUUAUUUCUAGCCCCUGCGCACUCUGUUUUUAUCAGCCACUAAAGGUUUGCUGUUGACUUGACUUUGUAUCUGGACCAACUUGCUGUGUUCUCUGUGUUAUGCCUCUUAUCCUGUAAAGCUAGCAGACUUUACUUUCUAUAUGCGUGCAAGAGUAUGUAUUGUCGUUUGGCUGUCAGAUGUAUAUAUACGAAUAUUUAAAGGUCUGUUUUUGUGUGUGUUUUAGUUAGGGUAGACUUUGUUAGUUACCCCUGUUAGUACUGUCUGUCCCUGAUAGGCCUGAAGCUUGAAUGAUGUCUCAGUUGGCCUAUAGGGUCGGAACGGGCCAGUAGGGGUGUGGGCUUUGCACAACCCUUUUAUCAUUGUCAAAUGGAAAUGCCAACUAAAUAAAAGGGCCAAUCAGAUCCCUGGCUUUUAGGUCAGUCACGACAAUGUCGACCAAUCAGUGAACUGAACACCCCUAUGAUCUUGUGUGCCACUGCUCUCUGUGUGAGUGUUCGUGAGUGUGUCUGUUAGUGUGUAAAGAGGGGAUGUUUUCAUGGUGCAAAACUAUGGCCAUGUGACUACCUACAUCGUACAUAUAAAUGAUGUUGGUGUGCGAGUUCAAAUCUCCCUCUGUAUGUGUGUCAGUCCACAGUGUGUCCUGCAAAGUUUACGUUGCUGUUGGAGAUGUUGCAGAGAGCAGCUCUGGGAUGACUGAGGGCUGAGACAGGACUAUAUCCGCCUGGUGUCCUAAUAGAUACCGAAGAGGUCUGUGUUGUCAAUACCUAACCCCAGACUGACAGACAACCCCGUUGACUGACUGACUGCGGCUUCCGAUCUGUGUAAUAUGUUUACAUGUUGUUCUUCUAUCUUUCUCAUCCGGAAUCCUCUAUGCCACUUGCAAUCAACCCCUGUAACAGGAAGUGAUCAUUAUCAAUACCAACAGCUUUCCACAUGCUAAAGUUACCCCGGAUUAUAUCAGGGUGACUAGCUUGUCGUGUAAUUCGCUCUGGAUAAGAGCGUCUGCUAAAUGACUUAAAUGUAAAUGUAAUGUAAAUGUGGUCUUUACAUGCACAUUUUAAUGUAACCUAAACACUGAUGUACCACAGACAAUGUUUAAUGUAGAGGAACAGCACAUCAUGUUUAAGGUUGUUCCCUGGUCAAAAGUAGUGCACUAUAUGGGAAAUGGGGUGCUAUUUUGGAAACAUCCUAAAUCACCUGCAGUGCGAAUAGUUGUCUCCUCUAGUGCAGAAGGAUCGAGGUGAGAUAGGUAGAUUAGUUAGUGAGGUAUAGGCCUCACAGAGAGCUUACCUGCUGUCAUUUGUCACCAGGGCAUAUCGGCCAAGCUUAGCGCAAUGAUUUAACCACUUGCAUAUCACCCAGGCAUCCUCCCAUCUGGCAGGCUCUGCUGGUGGUCCUGCCGUUAUUGCUACAUGGACAGCUGCUAUUCUCUCUGAUCAAUAUGAGCGCCAUCCUCCACCGCCUGGCGCCAGCCUCACCAUCCCCUGACAGCAAACACUUAAUGUUGUAUCGCACGCACGCACGCACGCACGCACGCACGCACGCACGCACGCACGCACGCACGCACACACACACACACACACACACACACACACACACACACACACACACACACACACACACACACACACACACACACACACACACAGUCCCAUGUGUGAUGAUGAUAGUCCAGCCAUCUGUCUAAAAGUCAAGUCAAGUGUCAGUUUCCCUGGUGGAGUCAUUAAUCUCUAGCCCGGGGCUGUGUGCUGCCCCCUGCUCCUAGCACACACACACAGCAAAUUCAGCCAAACAAAACACUACCUACGCCUAGCCUGGGACCGUCACCUCCAAUUUUCAGCUAGGCCUCCCCCAGAGCCCGAAGCCACGGUAACCACCCGCCAGCGGGCACUCCCUCUCUCUGUUAACCCUGGGUGUAACCUCCACCCUGGACCUCCCAGCGUUUUAACCUCACUAGAUCUCUAAAGACUGAGACCCAUACAGUAUGUGUUUUUACUGUAUCCGCAGUGUGCAGAGUGUGGCAAAGCCCAUAGCAGUGUCAGGGCUGUCCACUGUCAGUGUGUAGAGACCAAUGCCACUCAACUGAACUGAAGGUAGAAAAUACAAUUGACUCUAUACUAUGGACUGGACUUCUGGGGUUUUGGGGCAGUAUUUUAAUGGGUGUGUGUGAUCCUUUGUGUGUACAGAGUGUUUGAAGCUGAAAAGUGUGAAGGAGAGGAGUGAGGUUCUGCCGGAGAAGGGUUAAAAAAAGAUUGCUAGAGUAAAGCCAGUGCAAUAUCUUUUUAUUUUCUGUUGUGGUAAACGCAUGUUGUUGUUAAUCCUACCUUAUCUUAAUAAAAAGAAAGUUUUUUUUAUGUAA